GGGAACUAGCUGUUAUCAUUCUAACGCUCCACGUCGCAGGAAGUUAUUUAUAUUGAGUACUGCUGGCUCCUGCUUACGUUAUCUGUCUGGGUGUUCCAGCCUAAUCUCAUCAGCAGUGCUAUACUUGGAGCUUCUAAGCUGCUGUCACUGUGAAGAUCACGUACAAUAAACGUCACUGCGUUUGUCAGUAAAGGAGAAACAUUAUAAGAAUAUCUGACAAAUUCAGUUGCUGAACAAGACAAUGUCUGACAAGAACCAAACCUCAGAGCUUUCUGAUGCACACAGAGGGCGUCUAGAGGAAAACCCGGGUACUGGGCUAUUAAAUGUGAAGGAUGAGACAGACGACAUGAAUAGUCAUCAAACUGAUAUACAUUGGUCCCUCCCUGCCGAUGAAGAUAACGCUGAUAUAGUGAAAGUUGAAAUAACAGAAGAUAUGUAUCCGUGUGAUCAGGUGAAGACUGAGGAGGAUGAAGUUCCUAUAGAUACGUCUACAGGUGAACUCACAAACUGCAAUGAUCCUAGUCUUUAUGGUCGGAGUGCAGAAGCUUCUUUAAAUCUUCUUCAAAAUCAAAGUAGCCAAGUUGGAAAUAUAUGUUCUGAGUGUGGGAAAUGUUUUAUUCAGAAAUCACAUCUUAUUAGUCACCAGAAAAUUCAUACAGGAGAAAAAGCAUUUCCAUGUUCUGAAUGUGGGAAAUGUUUUACUCUGAAAUCAGUUCUUAUUAAUCACCAGAAAAUUCAUACUGGAGAAAAAGCAUUUCCAUGUUCUGAAUGUGGGAAAUGUUUUACCCAUAAAUCGGAUCUUCAUAGACAUUUGAAAAGUCAUACAGGAGAGAAACCAUUUUCCUGUUCUAUAUGUGAGAAAUGUUUUACACAGAAAGGAAGUCUUGUUGCUCAUCAGAAAAUUCAUACAGGAGAGAGAGGAUUUUCAUGUUCUGUAUGUGGGAAAUGUUUUACUACAAAAUCAGAUCUUAUUGUCCAUCUAAAAAUUCAUACAGGGGAGAAAGCAUUUUCAUGUUCUGAAUGUGGGAAAUGUUUUAGUCGUAAAAGAAAUCUUAUUAAUCAUGUACAAACUCAUACAGGGGAGAAAGCAUUUUCAUGUUCUGACUGUGGGAAAUGUUUUAAUCAGAAAUCAAAUCUUAAUAGUCAUCAGAAAAUUCAUAUAGGGGAGAAAGGAUAUUCAUGUUCUGACUGUGGGAAAUGUUUUACUUUGAAAUCAACUCUUAAUAACCAUCAGAAAACUCAUACAGGAGAGAAAGCCUUUGCAUGUACUGACUGUGGGAAAUGUUUUACUCGGAAAUCAACUCUUAUUGGCCAUCAGAAAAUUCAUACAGGAGAGAGAGAGUUUUCAUGUUAUGACUGUGGAAAAUGUUUUACUCUGAAAUCGACUCUUAUUGGCCAUCAGAAAAUUCAUACAGGGGAGAAAGCAUAUUCAUGUUCUAAAUGUGGGAAAUGUUUUACUCAGAAAUCAACUCUUAUUAAGCACCAGAAAACGCAUAUUAAAGUUGUUACCCUCACAAUACCUAGUGCUGAUGAUGACUACAUAUGAUCCCCUGGGGUGCGCAGGUUUGGAGCUUGCGCAAGCAUUUACAAGGGUUCCUAUAUAGGUUUGACUAGCCAAGUGAUCAUCUGGAGCCCCUUUGUAUUGAAGUUAUAAAUAUAACAAAAAGCCCUUAUUUAUUUGAUGAAAUUUAGGUACUGUUGAUGGCAUUAUAGUUAGGUGAUCACUGAGGUAACAGAGUGUUUUUCUAGCUGGAAUUUAAAUUGACCAGGUGAAUAGGUUUACAGGGUGAGGUCCUACAUUAACAUCAAAAAUACAAGAGGGAUCCAAAAGCACUUGUCUGGAAUAUGAAAUCCCCCUAGCUACAUAAAAUGCAUUGUGGUGAUUUUUUUGAUUUUUUUUUUCUCAUUUGAAGUUCAAUUAUUAAUUUCUAUAGAAAACCAUAGUGUUAUUUUCCAACAACCUUGUUUAUUAAAAUAAUAAAAUAUGCAUUUUUUUCA